UCACAACGAUUGCGCUAUUGUAACCACUAAUUAAGUAAUUAAGUGCUUACGCCCACGUGUAGAAUCGUUGAUGUCAACGCCGACGGGGUCAGCAACUAGGUUGUCGGUUCAGGACGUUUGUGCUUGUCCCCGAGGUAUGAUGUCAUAUCAGAGUGUCGCGGUUCUCAUUUUUAGCGUACUCAUCACGACUGGAACGUAUGGCGGUGACCCGGAAGAGCGGAGUGAUAACGAUUGCCAACGACGACUUUCGGAAAUAGAGAAGCAGCUGGAAAUUCAAGGAAAGGCGCGGGCAGCGGAUGAGGAAGAAAUCACGACAAAGCUGAAUCAAAAUUUCAGUGAAGUGCGGCAGAAACUUGUGGACGAGAACAGAGAACUGAAACGAAAGCAUGAAGAAGAGGAAAAGAAACGAGGCGACGCGGAGCGUCAGUUGGAGGAGACAAAGAAGGAAGCGAGUGACUCCUGUGACCGGCAGUUGAAUGACUGGCAAGAGAAAGUGAAAGUAGAGAAUGAAAACUGUCAGAACUCGUUGGCGGACAAAGAUAACUUUUACAGAGAAGAGAUGCGCAAGCUGAAUGUAGAACUGGAACGUGUGAGAGAGACUCAUACGGAAGGAGACAAAGACAGAGAGACAAAGGAUGGUCAGAUAUCAGAACUAAUGACUGUAAUAGACAAUCUAAAAAAUCAACUACAAUCCAGUCAAGACGAAAAUCAAAGGUUGACAACUGCGCAGGAUGAUGUAGAACAGAUAAGACAACAAAUUGCGUCAGAGAAGGAAAGAGGUGACCGAGCCGAAUCUCAGCUAAAACAAUCGGAGGAACGAACUCGAACUCUCGAGCAACAGGUGGCGGCCAGUGGAAAGAAUUCUGAAGAAAGCAAGAAGCAGGUUACGUCCCUACAACAGGAGCUCACCGUAGAACAAAAGAAAGUAUCAAGUUUGAAUGGCAAAUUACAUUCUACGACGACUGAAUUAAACAAACUGAAAGAGAAGGAUAAAGAUUUUGAGGUAGAAGUCGAAUCGUUAAAGGAACAAUUGACUACUAUUCAGGAAGACAGAGACAGUCUUGAAGACGAAGCCGAACUCCUUAAGUCUCGUGCAGAAGUUCAAGCGUCAGAAAUCGAUGAACUGAAGAGUAAACUCACAAACAGUAGCGAAGAUGCUGCUCGAUUGGAGGAAGAGAGGGACACGCUGGCAGCCAGACAGGACGACGCCUCUCUGAAAUUUAAUUUAGCAGUUGGUGUAAUAGUAAUACUCCUAGUCCACGAAGUCUUCCUUUUCUGCAGAACAGGUGGCAAGAAAGCUAAAGUAGACAAGACGAAACCAACAGACAAGGCCAAGACAGCAGAGAAAUCAAAGGCAACAGAACAAACUACGACAUCAGAAAAAUCAAAAUCAGCAAACAAGUCGAGCAAGAGAAACAAGAAAUCGAACAAAGACAAUUAAUGAUGCCCACGCCGUAGAAUUAGCUAGCCAUGUAUUUCAAUCAGAUCAAAGUCAGUCCCAACCCCACGACUGACAUACAAGGUCAUGAUCCCAA